UUCCGGCGUGCUGGUGCCGCUGUGUGUGUCAUGGGCAUUAGGCGGAUUUAGCACAUGAACUGAGAUAAAGAGUGAAUAAAGUGUUUAUCUGGUGGAUCCCUGGCGGGUUAAUGAUCAGUGAGAAGCGGCCGGUCCUGUACAGAGACACAGAGAGAAGACAAGGCCCUCGGGAUACGGUUGUAAGCCCAGGCUGUGAGGAUGGUGUUGUCAGGGUUACGGUUGUCACGGCAGCAGCUGAAGCGUUUGGAGGAGCACCGGUACAGCAGUGAGGGGACGUCCCUCCUGGAGCCGCUCAUGCAGCCGUUCUGGUGCUGGCUGGUGGAGAGAGUCCCGCUGUGGGUCGCCCCGAACCUCAUCACCUCCAUCGGCCUCGUCCUCAACAUCACCACCACACUCAUCCUCACGUACUACUGCCCUACUGCCACCGAGCAGGCACCGACGUGGGCGUACCUGUCCUGUGCUUUAGGGCUGUUCAUGUACCAAUCACUGGAUGCCAUCGACGGUAAACAGGCGAGACGGACUAAGAGCAGCACUCCGCUCGGAGAACUCUUUGACCAUGGCUGUGACUCACUCUCCACCGUGUUUGUGAUUCUUGGGACGUGUAUAGCGGUGCAGAUGGGGACGAACCCUGACUGGAUGUUCUUCAGUUGUUUUGUGGGUGUGUUUAUGUUCUACUGCGCGCACUGGCAGACCUACGUCUCUGGGACACUGCGCUUCGGCAUUAUCGAUGUGACUGAGGUGCAGAUGUUCAUUAUAUCGGUGUACCUGCUGUCUGCGCUCGGAGGAAUGGCUUUUUGGCAAGCUGAGAUUCCGGUGCUGAAUGUCCAGAUGAAGAUGAUUCCCGCUGUCCUCACCCUCUUGGGAGCUGUAUUUUCCUGCACUAACUACUUCCGGGUCAUCUUCACAGGCGGGAUGGGCAAGAACGGCUCCACCAUUGCGGGGACGAGUGUGCUCUCUCCGGCGUUCCACAUCACUGCAGUGUUGGUUUUGGCCACGUUGGUGUACAAGUUGUCGGCUGAGCAGCUGUUUGAGAAAAACCCGUGUCUGUUUGUUUUAGCGUUUGGCUUCGGCUCGGCUAAACUCACCAACCGCCUGGUGGUGGCCCACAUGACAAAGAGUGAGAUGCAGCGCAGUGAUGCUGCGUUUGUUGCGCCGCUGCUGCUCCUCAUUAAUCAGUACUUCAACAGUUUCUUCAGCGAACGCAUCCUCCUCUGGGGGGCGCUGGUGCUCUCUGCGUGUGAUCUGGUGUGUUACUGCACGAGUGUGUGUAAGCAGAUCGCCGCCCACCUCAACAUCAGUGUGUUCAGCCUUCAGAAACCCAAACUCUGCCGCAACAACCGCCACUAACACACACACACACACACACACACACUCACUCCUCUCUUCAUGUUACUGUCCUACAGCAGGUCAUUCACUCCAAUGAACUAACAAAUCACACACACACACACACAGGAUCAUGUGACUUUUCUCCUAAGAAAAGAAUUUACAGCCUAAGGAAUGAAUUAUUGAAUUAUUUUGAUGUUUGUGUUCCACGUUAAUGUUCCUGUUCCUGUGUGUGUGUGUGUGUGUGUGUGUUACAUCUCAAACUGAAGGCAAACGUCUGUUUUAAAUAAGAAUUAUAAACAGGAAGUGGAGAGACACGGGAUCGUUUCGAGUCAGUCGAGUAGAGUUAUCUGAGAUCUCACAGUGGGGCGUGUCAGGGGGCGUGUCAGCCACACCUUACUGUAGAUUUUUACCACCUUUAAUGAAAUAUGAAUUCUCACACACUCGUCCCUGUUCCUAAUAUUAGAUGCUAAUAAAAGUUUCUUGAUUAGUGUAA